GUUCUUGUUUCCACCGAUGUUCGGCGUAGCACUGGGCGGUUAUGUGACCACACCAGCCAGUAGAAUCAACACAGCUUUGAAUAGAUUUCUUUUCAAGUAUAUUUGAAAAGGUAGAACUAAUAUAUCAGAAAUGGCAUCAUACUUGAUAGCUAUUGCUGUCGUUGUGUUUGUCAUGCCUUUCCAUUGUGGAGCACAGCAAUGUAAUCCCCGCUGUGAAGACGGUAGGAUAUGUGUAAAUGGAAUGUGUACAUGUCCAAGCAAUGACACAACCUGUGAAGACCUACCGUGUAACCUACCUUGUCAGAAUGAUGGAUUGUGUAAAAAUGGGAUAUGCAGUUGUACAUCGAAUUACAGUGGCAUCUAUUGUGAAAAACGUGUGGCAGAUAGCAAUGGUGGUGGAUCUUCCACUCCCCUCAGUGUUAUUAUUGCCAUUAUCGUGGUACUCGUGUUCGUUGGACUCGUUGUUGCCGCCACCAUUGCCUGGUAUGUGGACCGGAGGCGACGACAGCUAACGCGGGCCCCCGAAAAAGAUGAUGAUGACGUCGACGAUGUAUAAUGCGCUGAUGGUACAAUAACCUGAAUUGCACAAGUAUUUGUGAUGAGCACCUAACACAGAAAGACGAUUUGUAGCGGAAUUAUGUUAUCGUGCGCUACACCUCUCGCAACUAUUCCUCAACCUCUAGAAUGACGAUGGCGUAUGGCACUAAAGCUUAGUGGUAGAACAUCGACAUAAACGUUGACCCAUUUAAAUUUAAAUUCAAUUUUCCAGUCGAUUUUUAUUAAAACACUGUGUAUAUAUUUUGCAAAACCUUGCAUCUAAAGUUGUGCAUAAUCAUAUACAUAACUGUUUGGAUGACAAUUUUUUUUUCUUUCUGAAUAUGUUGUAAAAUGCUGUACUUCCAAAACAUAAGAAUUAUACACGGAUAAAUAAUAA